AUGCGUUUCAGACAUUUAGCUGCAGUCCUCGCCCUGGUUUCAUCCGCAAUGGCUGCCACCAGCUCCAAAUACUGCUCUGGUAGCAAAUUUGCAGUCAAGAACUUCAUCUGUGAUAAAUUUCAGUUUAACAAGCUCUCCAAUUCUGGGCAAUGCACUGAUAGCUCGAAAAAGACACAAGGUGUAUUCUCUGGUACAAAGCUGAGCAAUUGCACAACGUUUUACGACAUUAGCAAGUUGCCAAAUCAGACCAUGGAUGUUACAGCGAUUAAAAUGGCAGAGCUCAUUACCAAUGUCUUUGAAAAUGGAAAUACCAAAAUGGGAUAUGCUGCUGCAGAAAAAUUGGGUGAUUGUCGAGGAUAUACAUGUGGCUACAUUGGAUUCACAACAGGCACCAACGAUGCUUAUGCUGUUGUCAAGGAAUACAUCAAAAGAGAGCCCAACGCUCCUAUGAAAAAGUAUCUGAAUGAAUUGAAACGACUGAGCUCAUUUUUGUUUGGUGAUCCACAACGCGAUGACACCAAGAACCUAAGCGGAUUUCCCGAUGCUUGGAAAAAGGCAACUUGUGAAGAUCCAGUGUUUGUACAGACUCAAUUGGAUGUUGGACAAUCCAUGUACCUGAAACCAGCAUUGAAAUAUGCUGCUAGCGUUGGCGUGAAAUCAAAUCUUGGUAAAGCUGUCUUCUAUGAUACCAUUGUUCAGCAUGGCUGGCAGUACGUUGAACCUUAUAUCAAUCUUCCUCGCAUCCUUCACUUAACAGGACCCAUGAAGAAGAAUGAAUCAGAAAAGGCCUAUUUGACACGAUUCCUCACCACACGUCGUCAAUUGGUGUGCUGUUUCCCUGGAGGUGUUUGGAACGAUUCUGCUGAUCGUAUGCAAGAUCUUCAAUCACUGGUAAAUGACUGGUCCAAAAACAAAGACCUCAAGAAUCCUGUUACACUUAAAAUCUAUGGAUCCAAAAUCACUGGCAAAGAAAACAUCCUGGUGGACAGUCAACGCUGCAAAUCACAAAAGAAAUUAAGCAAGCAAGCGAAAUCCAUAUCUGUGCCAAUUCCUGACACUUGUCCUGCAUCAUCAUCCAAAUAA